AUGGUCAAACGCAAGAGGUCUCGCGAAAGCGACCUGGAGCAAAAGCUCACAGAGGCCAGGAAAGAAAUUUUCCGCGCCCUAAAAGGCGCAAAGGCCCUCGAGCGCCAAAGAUACAGCAAACGCAUGCGCGACGACAAAUCCACGCCCGACAAGAUUAAGAGACUGGAGCGUGAGAUUCUGGUAUUGAAGUCUCUCGAUCUCCAACAGACGGCAGACGCCCAUCUCAACUCGUCCCUCCUCAAAGUAAAGCAGAUUGCCGAGAGCCCUGCCCUUCCCGAACAAAUAAAACAAGGUGUGCCGAAGCCAGAGCUUUCGGAAGAGGAGAAAGCGGCUCUGCACAAUGUCACCAGCGGACUGUUCAACCGUGUGCACGUCCGGGAAGCCGUCGACAAGGCAGUAAGAGGUGUCUGCCUGGCCCUUAACGUGCCUAUACCGGAUAAGAAGAAGAAGGGAAAGAAGGGCGCUGAUGCUCAGGAAAUUGAUCGUGACGACCAGCUCAGAGAUGCUAAGAAGGCAAGAACAGAAGAUGCCAAGGACGUUUCUACCAAGAAGGAAUCUGCCAAGGCCGAGGAGGAGGGAGAGAAUCCUUUCGACGAGAUGAACGACGAGGUUCCGUCCGACAGCGAUGAAGAGGACGCCGGGAGCGAUGAAGAACCGGAGAUUAAUCAAGACGAUGAGGAGAGGGCACUCGAGAAGAUGGAGGCUAUGCUUGGUGGCUCCGAUGAGGAGGAAAGUGGGGAUGAGGAUAUGAAGGCGAAAUAUCAGGCCUUGUUGGGCGAGAUUGCGGAUGGAGAUACUGCGGACGAUGAAAGCAACAGCGACGAAAGCGACGAAGAGGGAAUCGAAAUGGAAGAUCUUGGCGACGACGACGACGACGAUGACGAAGGCAUGGACUCGGAUCGCAUGAGAAGGAUCAACGCAGCCAAUGUAUCUCUAUCCCCAUCACCCCCACCAGCUCGGAAGAAAAAGGAACCCAAGAGCAAAAAGGCAGCUGGAAAGGCCGGUGAAACGACCUUCCUGCCUUCGCUCAUGGGUGGAUAUAUCUCGAACUCCGAGUCCGAGGCGUCCGAUCUCGACCUCGCACCACCCAAGAAGCGAUUGGGCCAGAAGCAGCGCCAGGCCAUUUGGGAGAAGAAGUACGGAAGCCAAGCAAACCACGUCAAGAACCAGGCGCAAAAGCAGAAGCAAAAGGGUCGCGACAACGGCUGGGACAUGAAGAAGGGAGCUGUUGAUGGCGAAGCAGGGAGCAACAAGCCUUGGAAGCGGGGCGUAUCGGACCCUCUUGCCAGGCAGGGGCAGGGCCGAGAACGUGGCGGGGGAGACCAAAGGUCGCAAUCCACAUUUGAGAAGAGGCCGCGUCCUAAGAAAGACGAUGAGGGACCGCUUCAUCCUAGUUGGGAGGCGAGGAAGAAGGCCAAGGAGUCACAAACCACAGCUGCGUUCGCAGGUACAAAGAUUACAUUCUAG